AUGAGCGUCAAGCGGCCGCGCGAGGAUGAUGAAGAUCAACCGUUUCUGUCGCAGCUCGGCGAUCGCCCGCCAAAGACGCGACUGACUCGAGCUUGUGCAGAGUGCAAGAAGCAUAAGAUCAAAUGCGAAGUGCAGGCAGGUCAAACAGCUUGCAACAAAUGUCUUCGAAGCGGCAUUGAAUGCGUGCCUUUCAACUUUGCGCAAAAGUUCAUUGAUGACGAUGCACAAUGGAAGGCUGAAGCGGCUGCGGAACGUGAGCAACUGAAGUCCGCCGUACAAUAUCUGCUGCGGCACAGUCAACUACCUGAGCUUGCUGCCUUCGCCAAUGGCCAGGCGCCCCCCACACCAAGCGGGCCGGCGACAUCUCGAAGUCUCGUCGAUCCUCCCACAGAUCUUUCGGGCGUUGCGACGACGGAGUCAGCGCCCGAAGAUAACGGUCUUGUGACAGCUCCGAUGAGAAUCCUGCAUAGCUUGACGCAAAACGGAGCUUUGCAACCGGUUCGCUCAGCCGAGCACGACCCUCGAGAUUCCGACUUCAUCGCACAGGGACACGUUUCCAUAACAGAGGCCGAGUACCUGUUCACUCAGUACCGAACGAGGCUCAAUACGCUUCUUUGGGCCGGUGUGCUGUGCCCGCACCCUGAUCUUGAGCAAUCCCGGCAAUCAUCCGCCCUCCUCACCGCCGCCGUCCUGACCGUGGCUGCCUUACACACCCCCGGUCGCGAACAAUCAUUUCACGCCUGCUAUGAAAUAUUCACUGCUCUCAUCCGCGACGCCAGUAUGUCUCGGAGUCAAAGCCUGGAUGACAUCAGAGGCCUCUGCAUUGGAGCUUUCUAUAUCAACAGUCUGAGCUGGAGGCUAUGUGGCCUGGCCAUUCGAAUGGCCACGGAGAUGAACCUACACAUGGCGUUUCGAGACCUUGUCCAAGGUCACACAGAAGCCAGAACACUAGUCCAGCUAUGGUACGUCCUCUAUAUUUGCGACCACCAGUUCAGCAUAGCACAUGGACGACCUCCGAUCAUGUUCAACGACGCCGCGAUCCGUGGAGUAGACAAGUUUCUCGCUGGCCCGGAUGCAACAGACGGCGACAUCCGACUAUCAGCACAACUGAGUCUCUGGCCAAUUCUGACUGAAGCUUACGUGCUGUACGGGACCGAUCCAGAGCUCGAACUCAGUGACUCCGACUACGAGAAGCUUCGUUCUUUUAGCAUCGCAGUCGAUCAGUGGAGGACGUCAUGGCGCCUCAGAUCGGUCGACAUGCCAGUAUAUGGCGCCUACCCUUCGAAAGGUGUUGUGCUCUAUUACCACUUCGCACUUUUCCAGCUCAACUCGCUGUCCCUCAGAGGCAUCUCGACCAUACCUGGCCAGAACGCCUCGGGAGUGAAUCUGAGUUGGGAUCGUCGCGAAGCUGCUAAUGUGGCCAUCAAUUCAGCAAGAAGCACGCUGAGACUGAUUGUCGAAGAUCAAGAUCUACGACUAGCGCUAGUGGGCGUGCCUAUCUUUACUCACACCAUGAUUGCCAUGUGUGCUACUUUCCUUGUGAAGCUAGCCGUGGCGUUCGCUGCGUCCGAUCCUGCAACGACCUUCAAAACGCGGCUUGUGAUUCCGAAAGACCUUUCCUCACUGGGAUUGACCUUUGCAACGGCAAAUGUGCUAUCUCUGGUCACAGACUUGACUCGGGUAUUGGAUGAGAUGACGCAACAAGUUGGUAGGAUGCAUCUGGCGAACCACAUCAACUCCGGUAUUAAGACCCUUUUGCGGCGGUUCAGUCCACCGAAUGCGGCGGGCGAGUAUCGAUACAUGCUCCCCCUUGAUGCGGAAGAUAUCAGGAUGGCGGUCGCAAUCCCCUCUACGAGCGAAGCACGACACUUCGAUGGCGGGCUUCACAGGUCGGAGAACGGUGUCCCUGAGACACUGCCUGCCAUGCCGCCGCCAUCGUCGAAUACAAAUGAGCGCGAUCUUGGCCCUAUGCUAGGUACAUUCGAUUGGAAGUUUGAUGAGGAUUUUCUAUGGCCUGCCAACACGGAUGACCCGGGGAGCUGGUUUACAGAGCAGUUUCCACAGGCCUAG